CCGUAUGCGAUUCAGAAAGGAAUGCAGAUGACUGAGUUGGACAAGUACGUCACUGUGUACAGGGCCCUUUUAACGGGCAGUUACGGCACUCCAUCUCUUCCUGAAGUCGUCAUAGAAAAAAUCCUAGACUACGCCUGCUUUUGGGACUCAAUUAGUGUCGCAUCUCAGCACAGAGUGACAGUUUCUGACUCACGAAAAGCUUAUCUGUCCCUAGAAAUUCCCGAAGGGCGACGUUUGAGAGCGAGGAAACUCGUAGGGGUGUGUGAAUCACAUGACCAAGGGUGGUCAAGUUACCCUCAAAGUCAGGGUACUAAGAAGGGAUCAUGGACUUGGGGUGACUUGUCUGUUGUUGAUGGGGAAGACAAAGAGGUGGCGAAGGUUGAUCGUGUGUACACUAACAUCCACGCAUCUAGUGAGUGGCAGUCUCACCGAUUUGAAUUUUCUUCGGGCGAUUUGAUGAAGGAACUCGUUCCUGGUAGGAGACUCGUUUUGUCUCUGAAUGCCAUGUUUCCAGGUUGGAAAAACAACGUGCGAUCGGCUCGAUUAACUUUGUACUUUGCUUGAUGCUUCUACGAUGCCGAGAGAUGAGUGAAGUUGUCUAGUGUUAGACAGAUGCACUAAUUAGUGAUACUUACUUGCAUGCAUGAGGUGUGGAGACGAAUUUUUGCGUUUGGAUUUGUGUAUGCUGUGGUGGAGUAAGCAGCAACCAGCUGGUGUUUUGAUGAUGGGUUUUGCGUUUAAGGUUGUACACACACACACACACACACACACACACACACACAAUUAAAACAACAGAGAUUUGGUUGAUUGUAAAUUGGUAAUUACUUGUUAAUUAAUUAAUUAAUUUAACAAUUUGUACCCUCGGAUUCCAAAACGGUGUACGCGCAUGUACUGUCUACAUGUAUACGGGGACUUGAGUGUGUGUCGUUUGCUGGAUGUUUACCUAGGAGCCUACUCUUUUACGUUUUCGUAAUAACGUGUUAACAUGAACCGCCGAGCAGCUGCAGUCGUUCGCAUUGUUUUGCGCCUAGUCGCGAUGGUCUUUGCUGGAACAGUUUCCACUUGUAUUGGACGCAAGCUUCUUGAUCAAGUUGGGAAACAACAGAUCUGUGCAUUCAAUGCAUCGUCCUCACUCCCGUGUGACAUCGGCAUAGCAUGCGGUGCAUUCACUAUUUGUAUUGCUCUGAUCUUCACAAUUCUUGACGUUGUGUGUGAUGCACUACGACGUGAACUAUCAACACUGGGAAAGAUAUCGUUGGCUUCGAGUGUUGCCGCAUCAUCUCAUUUAGCCAUUCUAUGGUUGAGUUGUUUUGUGUAUCUCACUUACGAGUGGUUGGAUGAUGCUGGUGAUGAGGUUGAUGAAGAGUUUGGUGACGGUGUGUUGUCGGUGGUCAAAGUGGUUCAGGCAUUCAGUUGUUUGUCGAUUUUUGGCUGGAUUGCGGUAGCGAUUAAUGGCAUUACGGUUCUAAGAAAUUUACACUUGAGAAUCUACAGACCAGUGGUCGACAUAGAGGAUCUUCCUCCACGCUACUCGGACAGAUAACGAGUCAAGAUCUACUCAGUGAAGCAAGCCUUGCUGUUAACCAAGUCAAUGGCUACACAAUUUAAGGGCCUGUGCCUGGCUGAUCUGCUCCCAUGAAUGCAUAGUGUAGACGAUCCUAUAGAGAGAAGCUGAGCCGACAUCUCACCAGAUCUAUUACUGAACUCCAAUAAAUUGACCAUACAAGCAUACCGGUAACACAACGAUCACGUGAUCCUAAUUCAACUUUGUCCCGUAUGUAUCAUGUCGGCCGACGUGCUGGACGAUCUCCUCUUGACAGCAAUCGACGACGACGACGUCGAGUCUCUCGAGCGAACGUUCACCUACUUAUCCCACCAAAACCCACCUCCGGCUCGCCAUUUCGACGACCCCUACCUCCUGCUCGCCGCCGUGACGAAACGCAAAGCGUUAGUGACGAGAUAUCUCAUCGAGACACGUCGCGUGCCUAUCGACUGUACGGGACGCAUAAGCGUGAAUCGCGGCGAGACGCAGUGCGGCAGUCCGCUGUUCGCGGCCUGCGCGUUGGGAUUUCUCGAGCUUGUUGGCUAUUUGGUCGAGCAAGGAGCCGAUGUGAGGCAACGCAAUGAGUUUGGGGAGUCGCCCUUGCAUAUUGCGUGCAAGUGUGGGCAUGUUGAUAUCGUCAAGUUUCUCUCCGGCGUCGGGGCGAGUCUUGAGGAGUAUAGCUCCCUCGGGAGGACCCCCCUGUUGACGGCUGCGGCUGAAGGUCACGUGGAAGUUAUCCGGGAACUUGUGAAAGCUGGUGCGGAUCUCAAUACGAGGACUGUGGAGUCGGGUGGUUCGUGUCUGCAUGCCUGCUCGUUCGUGUCGGGCUCGGUUCCCGCUGCUCGGCUGUUGUUGGAUCUCGGGUUGACGCCGCAGCCGAACCGAUUCGGGAUUCUUCCGAUUCUUGAUGCGGCCGCUAUGGGAAACGACGAGAUGUUGACCUUCUGGAUGAAGUACUAUGAACCGUCUCUUUCCAAGAAUGCCGUCCUCGCGUGUAACGCUUUAUCUCUGGCUGGCACCAAUUUCUGGCGUCGAAACAAAGCAAAGGCAUUCAUGUAUUUCUAUCGCUCAUUGAAGCUUCGUAUAGAGCAGAAUCUCCCUGAAGACGAGUUUGCUCCAUUGCCUCCAGUGAGCGAUUAUCUGAACGGCACGGAAGUGACGACUCUGUCCGAGUUGCAGAUGCUGCAGGAAUCAAAUGACAUCCUACGACUGCAGCAGCACUGCUUCAUGGUACGCGAACGUAUUCUGGGAUCGUGUCAUGUGACAAUCGCUCGUCCCUGUAUCACGUACGGCUACUACUUAGCCCGGAGCGGAUACGAAAAGCAGGUGCUGCCGAUGUGGCUGUAUGUUCUCGAUCGGCAAAUCGAUCGCUUUCUGAGAGACAGACAUCCGACGUUGGCAUAUGCGACGCUCUUCACGCUCGCACAGAGUCUCCGUCUCACCGAACUGGAGGUCGUCAAUCCACUCCCAGCGUUCGAACGGCUGCUUCUCAUACUAAAAAACAUUGGGAAAUCUCAUGAACGUACGUGGGUCAUGUGCGAACUUGGACUGCACUUUCUCAGUCUCGUCUUGAUGCACGCGAACAAGUUCCCGGGCAGCAUCAACCACCACGAUGUUGUACAGCUGACGUAUCACUUCCUGGAGAUCGCACCGACUGGUCCUCGUGGACAGACGCUACUUCACUGUGCGGUGAACUCCCAGACGACGACGUUACACACGGACAGCUGCCUUGGUCUUGAUCUUUGCACGUUUCCUUGUAUCGACACGAUCAGCUGUCUGUUAGCCGCCGGUGCUUGUGUCAACGCGGUCGAUGUUGACAGAAACAUGCCGCUGCACGUAUUACUGGCGUCUUGUUCUGCAAGCGUUGAUCCAAAGAUUGUCAGACUUCUGUUGAAGGCUGGAGCUUAUCCGUAUGCGAGAAACGAGAGCCGAGCGCGGCCGAGUUUCUAUUGCAAUAAUCGGCCGGAAGUGUUGGAGGUUCUGCAACAGGCGGAGUCGAUUAGCUUGCAGAUGUUGGCCUCGUACGCGAUCGUGGAUCACAAUGUGCGGUAUAAAGAUGUGCUACCACAGAAACUUGUUCAAUACGUGGGAAUGCAUUGAGACUUACUGCUGACUGUCAGAUAGUCGUAUAUUGAUAUUGAUAUAAAUUUAGUGCUAUACGCAUCUAUUCUGUAUACAAAUAAUGGAAGUUAGUGGAUAUAACGUUGACACGUGAUCAAAUAGUUGUCCCGUAUGUUUAGUAUGGUGGACAUGACUCUAGCUAAUGCAAAGGGUUUGCACUGUAGUU